UUAAUUAUAGGUAUUGAUGGUGAAUUAUUUUCAGCCGUUUAAGAAAUUUGAAUAUAUUUUUAGUUGAUUUUGAUUUUGUAUAUAUACAUUGCUCAAUUAAAAGCGAUGAAAUCAUUGUGAAUCAAUUUUGGUGGUAAGAGAGAUCGUCCAAGCGGAUCUGACCUAAUCAAAUAUCACCGAGAGGAGAAAGGCAAACCAAAAAUGAUUCGAUUGUAAAAGAUAAAGGAAAAGAAUUUGAUGUUCAUGUGAUCUCUUCAGAAUAUUUUGAUGAAAAUUCUGAUUACAUUUUACAUAAUAUUCGUUUUCUUUUAAGGCUUUCAAAAAUGUGUAAGAAAAUCAAUGGCGGAUUGGAUCGAGCUGUACAAUAUGCUUCCCCUGCAAAUGCCAGCUUUUCAUGUCAGUUACAUCUCUUUUGGGGUCUACAAGGCUUCAUCCAUGCAGGCUUAGACAUUGACACGACCAAUUCAAUCGAUUUCGUCCCUCCAAUGGCCGCUCGCUGCCGAGAACAUCAGUUUAAUUGCCCUAAUUUUUGAUGUCACGUGGACUUCAAUUGAACUUGCCCGCUCGGUUCUAGACAAUUUCUUGCCCUGAUGGCCUACGCUUUUCGCUUGGAUCCAGCUGCAAGGAAAGAUUCUAAUGGAGCUUCAACUUGAGCUAGAGCUUUCUGUUCCAGAUUCCACCAGAGGAUUCGACCUGAACAGGAAUGCUUGUGAUGGAAAAGAUGUGUUUGGUUCAGAUCCGAGGACCUGUCUGUGUGCCGAAAGCACGAGCCAUGGUAAACGCUACAAGCGUGGCUUUGAAGAUGCUUUCUUUAAGACUAAAGGCUCGUUUAAAGAGAUGUCUUUGCUGCUGUGGAAUGGUCACCCAAACAAGGAAGAUGAUGACAGGAAGGACACCAACGAGAGAAGCUCUUGUACCACCAUACACAUUAAUGCUGUAGAGGAGAACAAAGCUGUGGGGUGGCCACCCAUUGCAUCAUGGAGGAAAAGGCACCUUCAUGGGCUGCAACAGAUCGGCCCAGGUUCUGAUAAUUAUUGGAUGGAAGAGGAUGAAGAUGAUGGAAUUGUUUCUAACCCAAAAUAUGUGAAGGUGAAGAUGGAGGGGGUACCGAUAGCAAGGAAGAUUGAUGUGGGGAUGUAUAACUCAUAUCAGACGCUGAAAACUGCCUUAAUCGACAUGUUUUCCGAUUCUUGCUAUCAAAAGUGUGGGAAUAGUAAUGCCAGCUUAACUCUCACCUAUCAGGACAAAGAAGGAGAUUGGUUGCUUGCAGGAGAUAUUCCAUGGCAGAUUUUUGUAGAGUCAGUACAAUGCAUGAAGAUAAUAAGAAGACAACCAUCAAACUAAUGGAAGAAAUCUUUAUGAUUUUCUGAGUUAAGGAGCUAUUAUUAUAUAUGAUAUCCCAACAAAGAGAGGGGUGAGUGAGUUACUUUAGUUAAGUUUACUUAGCAUGUUUGUUAUAAGAGUGAUGGAAUGAGUUUCAAAUUUUAUUAUUAUGUUUGUAUAAUUUAAUAAUAUUUUGAGAUCCCUCUGCCUAAACAAAUAUAUCAAAUGGAUGGUUUUGGAUGUCACUUCGAGUCAUUUGAAUGUCCAAUUUUAAUGAGUAACAUUAUACCAUUAUCCCUU